GCCAGUGUUCCUGUCCGGCUGAGUGGUUUCAGUUCCCUCGGUGGAUUACAGGCGGGUCUACCUGCACCAACAACCGGAUGGAAGCGGACGGUUUCGUGUACCGGCGAACGUCCGUUCAAACUGCGGGUGUCGACAGCGCUGCAGCCGGUGCAGACAUUCGAUGGCUGGGCGGCAGGUUUUUGGAAGCAACGGGAGAUUUUGUCAGUGGGAUUUCACCGAGGAUGAUGGCCGGGGAGCAGCAGGACUGUAGCCCGGCGGUGCUGGACUCUCCUGCGGAACCAGACUAUGAAGGACUGCCUCAAGGAGCAGCCAGCGGCACGCACAUGCUGGCAGGAGCCGUGGCUGGCAUCAUGGAGCACUGCCUCAUGUACCCCAUCGACUGCGUCAAGACUCGUAUGCAGAGCCUGCACCCGCAGCCUGGAGCACGCUAUCGUAACGUGAUAGACGCCCUGCGGCAGAUCGUGCGGACGGAGGGCCUGUGGCGUCCCAUCAGAGGUGUGAACGUGCUGGCGGUGGGGGCGGGGCCGGCCCACGCGCUGUACUUUGCCAGCUAUGAGAAGCUGAAGUUCUCACUCGGUGAUGCCAUUCAACCUGGUGCCAACAACCACUUUGCUAACGGCGUAGCUGGCUGCGUGGCCACAUUAAUACACGAUGCCAUCAUGAACCCAGCUGAAGUUGUGAAACAGCGUAUGCAGAUGUUCAACUCGCCUUACCGUGGCGUUCUAGAAUGCAUUGGGCAUCUGCUGCAGCGCGAGGGCCCGUCCGCAUUCUACCGCAGCUACACCACCCAGCUGACCAUGAACGUGCCCUUCCAGAUGCUCCACUUCAUGACCUACGAGUACCUCCAGGAGCUCCUCAACCCCCACAGACACUACAACCCCUUCUCCCACGUCGUGUCCGGUGCGCUGGCCGGGGCGCUGGCUGCCGCCACUACUACACCUCUCGACGUCUGCAAGACUCUCCUCAACACGCAGGAGGUCCAGGCCAUCCACGUCGUCCACGCUGAGGCCGCCACAGCCAUCGGAGCAACGGCCACUGCGGCUGCACCCGCCAGCCAACGCAUUUCUGGUCUGGGCGAGGCGUUUCGGACAGUGUACAGAACAGGGGGCGUGUCAGCCUUCUUCAAGGGUGUCCAAGCCCGCGUCAUCUACCAGAUGCCCUCGACGGCCAUCAGCUGGUCCGUCUACGAGUUCUUCAAAUACAUCAUCACCAAGCGCCACCGUGAGAGGCAGCUGCGUGGUGAGCGCGACGGGGACAGAUAAAGAGUUGGAAGCACGGAGGGUUUGUGUUAGAAGUGCAACUUCCUGGGUAGUUUAUGGAGGAGCGGACAGUGGUCAGGUCAUGUGAGCGGGCGAGGACGCAUACAAAACGUUUAGAAAGUCUGAGCAAAGAGGGCAUAGAAAAGCUGCUCUUGAGAUUAAAUCCUUUCAGUGCUCAUUGAUUUUAGUGUUACAGUUGCAAAACGAUUUUUUUUAAAGGAACAUAGGGUCUGAUGUUUUUUUUGGGGGGUGGGGGGCGUUAUAGACUACCAAAAUAAUAAUAAAAUUAUGCUCGUGGAGGCUUUUUUUUUGUGCCAACUCAUUUUUUCCCACUAAAAUGUUAAACUGUGACAGUCGACCGGAAACUUCAUUUUAGUGAGGAAUGUGUGUCACUGCACUGUAGUAACAACCCUCAACUGCUCUCCUGCUGUCUUCCAAUAAUCCUCACAGACCACUUGGGGGCGCACUGACCACCUGUAGCAGUUCAAAGAUGAGAUGAGCUGCUUUGACUUCAGUGUCAAGAAAUCAAAAUAGUUUUUGUUUGUAAAAAUUCACAACCACUUAAAAAAUAGAUGUAAGAAGCAAAUCUAAUAGUUGGCUUUAAUUUUAUGACAGUAAAUUCAGCUGUUUAACAGUUAGUUAGUCACUUCCACGUUAACAUUUUUGGAACUGUUAUAACCGUAACUAGACAGUAGAGGGAGCUGUUUUUAAAGAAUUACUAAAACUGAUUAAACCAGGUUUAAUCAAAGCACCUUAAAUGUUUGCUGAAAUUUCUCCUUAAACUGCUUCCAUUUGAACACAUACUGCUUUAUAGCUGCUAAUGAGGUAUUUUGAUUUAACACAUACAGAUGUUUGAAUUCUACUGGAGCUAACUUUUAAAAUAUUUUAAGCUGAUUUUCCUCGAACUUUAUUCGUUUCUCAAAGAUGACUUUUUGCGUGUUAGUAUGUUUUUCAGAAUCAUCUUUAUCAUAUUCCAAUAAUCAGCUGUGCAAAUUAGAACUUGAAAGUGUAUUUAUAUAUGUGUAAACUUCUUUUAAUUCUGACUUUACAAAAUUGAUGCAUCAUUUUUAAAAUGUCAGCGUGUCAGUAGUUAAGACCAGAACUAUUUGACCCAAACGUUUCAGAUGGAGAGAAACCUGUCCUCUUUAUGCCAAUGCGUUAAUUAAUUUAAAUACUUCAGUGUUAAUUCAUGAACUGCUAGGAGCACAAAACAAAAGUAUAAUUUUAAACUAGUUUUUCAUUUAAAUUUUGAUUAAAAUGAUAGUUUAUACUAUAAUUUAUUUGAAUUCCCAGCUGCCUGAAAGAUUUUGUAUUAAAUAAUGCAUCUUUUUUUUUUUUUUUUUUUUUGCUGACUGCAGCAGGUCUGAUCAGAUUUGGUCAAACAUUUGUGCACACACUUGCUGAUCAGUGAUCAGCUCUAAGAGAGUUACAUUUUGCUGCCUUCACUUAGCCGCCAUACGUCAAACGUACAAAUACUGCAGAGACGAGCCGUUUCUGAGGUGUGAAGUAAAACUUAUAUACGUGAAAUGUACAUAAAAGAAACAGCAAGUCUGUGCUGCAGUGUUUUGUUUUUUAACUUAAAAAAAAAUCACCUGCAUUCACUUUGUUUUUGUGUGUGUGUGUGAGAGAUUGUAGUUAUGCCAAGUUUUUGACAUUUGUAAAGCCAAAGACUGAAAGCAAUAGACAGGAAGUGCGUCUGUCAGCCGACUCCGAUGUGAAACUCUUUUUUGUGAAUUGUAAAUAAAUUUGCUCGGGCAGCUCCUCGCAGAAGCAGGGUCUUCUCUUGGGGCUGACUCUAUUCAACCUGUG